AUGCCGGGUCGAGUCGCACGAUCGAACACUGCAGCGGCACCGAAGACUGCGCGCAAUAAAAACAAGAAGCGAUCAUUCGACGCAUAUUCCGCUGCACAGAAACAGAUCACUGAAAAGCGCCUUAUCCCGAAGCAUCGACUUGGUGAAGACAUAGAUGACGAGCCGCGACAGAAGAGACGAAGGGCGGAGGAUGACGAGGAGGAAGACGAGCUAGUAGAUGUAGAGGAGGAUUUGGAUCAGAGGACUCGGAAGCCAAAGCAGCGACGUGCGACUGGCCAGGACGACAACCUCGGCUAUGGCAGCGACAGUUCAGGCAAUGAGUGGACCAUGGGUGCUAUUGCCGAGGACGACGACGAAAGCGAUCUGGACUCCGACGAGGCUUUUGGGGAGUCAGAUGACGAGUUCCAGCAAGGCUUCACUUUCCGAGGAUCCUCUAGCAAAAAAACCAAGUCGAAGAAGAAGCCUACACCCAGCGCAUCGUCGAGGAAACUAGACUUGAACGAGAGAGAGGAAAGCGAAGAUGACGAUGGCGAAAGCGAGGACGACGAAGGACUUGGGUUUGGAGACGAUGCGGUCGAUUUGGCUGCAAUGCUGGAUAAUGAAGAUGAGGAUAUGGAUGGUGGCGAGGAUGAUGACGGUGAAGAAUCGGACGACGUAAGCGCAGGAGACGAUGAAGAAUCGGAGGAAGAGUCAGAGGAAGAAGACGACGAUAUGGCCGACGAGGAGCGAGUAGCACGCAUGCGAGAUCGGAUAGAGGCUAUGAGCGGAUCGAGUCGUGAGGCUCCCGCCGUUGAACCUCUUGAAGAUGUAACCUUGGACGACUUCAUGGAGGACAUCGGUCUGGCUCCAGAGAAGACGACAACCAAGGGCAAGAAGAAGCAGGUGAAGACAGGACCGAUCGCUGCACCCCUACCCAAGCGGCAACAGGAUCGCAUUGAUCGCGAGAUUGCAACAGAGAAGGCAAAGCAAGAGCUCGAUAAGUGGCGAGACACUGUCACAAGGAAUCGCCGAGCAGAGCACUUGAGCUUUCCAUUACAAGAUCCCGCAGAUCAGGGAGUUACUUUGGGCAGAGAGAAGUUCCAGCCAGCAACACAGCAGAAGCCGCAGACUGAGCUCGAGGAGAGCAUCCAGCGGAUCAUGGAGGAGUCGGGCUUGGCUGCGAAGCAGGAUCAAGAUGGUGAUCAUCUGGGAGGCGAAGAGUCUGCAUUGCUCAAGGCGGAGGGUCUCGCGGAAAAGAAGAUGCCUGUCGAAGAGGUCAUGGCUAGGCGAGCUGAAUUGCGCAGACAGCGAGAGCUUCUGUUCAGAGAGGAGAUCAAGGCGAAGCGCAUUGCAAAGAUCAAAAGCAAGAGCUACAGACGUGUUCAUCGCAAGGAGAGAGAGCGCCAAGCUGAACAAGAGCGGCUGGAACUUGAGGGUAUGGGUAUGAGUGGAAUGGACGAGACUGCCGAAGAGCAAUUCGAUCGCAAGAGAGCAGAAGCGCGAAUGGGUACGAAGCACAAAGAUUCGAAGUGGGCGAAAACGCUCAAGCAGACCAACAGAACUGCUUGGGAUGAAGGUGCAAGAGAUGGUGUUGUUGAGCAGGCUAGGCGCAAUGAAGAGCUCAAGAAGCGCAUGGCUGGGCAAGAUGUUUCGUCUGACGAAGAUGGCAGUCUUCCGUCUGCGGACGAAGACGAAGAUGACGACGAAGCGGAUGUCCUGCGUCAACUGGCUUCGGCAAAGGACAGCGCUGCCGAGAAGAAAGGCUUGUCUGCGCUCAAGUUCAUGCGCAAUGCUGAGGAACGAAAACGAAAAGCGAACGAUGAGGACGUCGAGCGCCUUCGAAGAGAGCUCGCUGUCGCCGACGGCGAUGAAGAAGAGAGUGAUGCCGAAGGCCAAGAUCUGGGUCGUGCCAUCUUUGGACCCCAGUCGAAAGAGAACAAGCCGGUUCCGAAGGAGCAGAGGCUUGAGUUCGAGGCACCUGAAGGCUCAGAUGAGGACGAUGAUGACGAAGCCAGGAUCGUGACAGAACAGCCAAAGACUGCUGAGAAGACUACACCGAAAGGUACCCUCAAGAAAGCCAAUGCGGCUAGUGGACCUUUAGCAAAAGGUCUACUGAAAGAGGACGAGGCCAAGCAACAACCUUCCAGCGCGACGAAUGCUUGGUUGCAAGCCCCGAAGAACAAGUCAAAGAAACCAAGGUCGACCAAUGAUGAUAGCAUCAUCAUCACGAACGCAGACCCAAUAUCUCCAGCGGCGCCGAGCAAAGGCAAAGCAGCAGCCGAGCCCCAGCCUACCUCAGCAAGCACAUCAGGCAACACAUAUGGCUGGACGACCGUGACUUACAAGAACGAUGGCGACAGCGAUGCCGAGGAAGAAGAGCCAUCGAACCCUAUCCUCACCGCCAAAGAGCAACAACUCUCCAUCCAACAGCGCGCAUUCGCCGGAGACGACGUCCAAGCCGCCUUCGAAGCCGAAAAAGCCGACCAAAUCGCCUCCGAAGACGAAAAGGAAGUCUCAACCCACCUCCCCGGCUGGGGCUCCUGGACCGGCGACGGCCUGUCUCGCUCAAUCCGCAAAGCCAACAAGAAAGCCGCCCACAACCCCUUGUGGAAGACAAAGCUCGAUGGCGUCAAGCAAGCCGAUCGAAAAGAUGCUAGGCUGGCCAAUGUCAUCGUCAGUGAGAAGGCGGAUCGUAAGGGGAAGAAGUACCUAGCGCCGGUUCUGCCUCAUCAGUAUGAGACGAAGGAGCAGUAUGAGAGGUCGAGACGCUUGCCUAUGGGGCCUGAGUGGACUACGAAGGAGGUGCAUCAGAGGAUGACGAAGCCGAGGAUUGUGGUUAAGAAGGGGGUUAAUGUUAAGGCGCUGGAGAGGCCGAUCGCUUAG